GAAUAUCACAUAGUCGGUACCUUCCCACUUAAUCAAUCCCUUGUCUCAAUUUGCUCUCGUUUGAUCAUUUUCACAAACACUUUUUGAGCUUAAUGUAUGAAUAAAGAUUGAAUCUUUUUUGCAGCAGUUUAACUCAUUUGUUUCUUUUAUUUGGUUUGCCCACUUUGUAAAAAGUGCUUUGAAAAUGGAGGAAGGCGUGGCGUGCAUGAAUGGAAAGUGCCCAUCAUCAAACUCAGUAUCUGAAUGGAAAAAGGGCUGGCCUUUGCGAUCGGGUGGCUUUGCUAAGCUCUGCGAAAAUUGCGGGACUGCCUAUGAACAACUGACUUUCUGUGAAAUGUUCCAUUCGGAGGAAACCGGUUGGAGGGAGUGCACUUCAUGUGGGAAGAGUCUCCAUUGUGGUUGCAUUGCAUCUAGUUCGUUGUUUGAGCUGAUCGACACAGGUGGCGUGAAUUGCAGAGGCUGCUCUAAAUCUCCUUCUGAGGAAAGAGACAAAGCAUGUGAUCUUUCGGCAGAAAAUGGCACCAACCAGGAUUUCGAAACGAUGGUCCCCCCAAAAUCGAGCGAUGAUGCUACAAAUUCAAAAAAACCCGAAAAUGAUUUUUCUGGCUCGGGCGAACAAAGAGGUUAUAACUGGUUAUCUACUUUUUAUCAAGAAAAUAAAGGCCCCGGAAUUUUACACUCGUCGUUAGUCUCGACUGAUUUGAGCAUAAGCUUGUGUUCUCCUUCGUCAAAUGCGAAACCGAGCACUGUAAGUUCUUCCUUUCAACUGUCGUGUAGGCCUCGCCAGCUCAUACCGAGGCUACCGAUUCCUGUUCUUGCAGCAGGUUUGGAUACAAACCCGAAUUCCAUUCCACAGGUCCGUGUCGCGAGGCCACCUGUCGAAGGACGAAUCAAGAAUCAGCUGCUUCCACGUUAUUGGCCUCAAUUGACGGACCAGGAAUUGCAGCAAAUUUCGGGAGACUCGAACUCUAGGAUUGUUCCGUUAUUCGAGAAGGUUUUGAGUGCAAGUGAUGCGGGUCGAAUAGGUCGUCUAGUUCUACCUAAAGCAUGCGCUGAAGCGUAUUUUCCUCCGAUCUCUCAUCCCGAAGGCCUUCCCCUAAGGAUUCAAGAUGUGAAGGGAAAAGAAUGGCUUUUUCAGUUCCGGUUUUGGCCGAACAAUAACAGCCGAAUGUACGUUUUGGAAGGCGUGACUCCUUGCAUCCAGUCGAUGCAACUACAAGCUGGAGAUACUGUUACUUUCAGCCGUAUGGAUCCGGGUGGAAAACUUCUGAUGGGAUUUCGAAAAGCAUCGAACGCUACUUCUGCCCACAAGGAUUUACAGUAUUCCAUACAUAAUGGUGUUUUUCAAGGUGAACUACUCUUGAGCAACUCGGAAAGUUACUGGGGAUUUCGUCGCACGAUGAGAGGGAGCAAAAAUCCUUAUUUGGGAAAUGCAUCUAAGUUAGUAGUAGAAAAUCCAGUACCCCAAUCGCUGCUUCUUCCCGAACGAAAAAGAAGAAAUAUUGGUCCAAAGAGUAAACGGCUGCUCAUUGACGGUCACGAUUCUUUGGAGCUGACACUUUCGUGGGAAGAAGUUCAGGAUAUGCUCUGCCCCCCGCCAAGUGUCAAGCCCAGCACUUUCUCGGUCGAGGAUCAUGAAUUUGAAGAGUACGAAGAACCACCUGUUUUCGCGAAGAGGAGUAUUUUCGUUGCUCGUGUAUCUGGGGAGCACGAGCAGUGGACUCAAUGCGAUAGUUGCUUCAAAUGGCGAAAAGUGCCGAUCGACAUCCUUCUCCCUCCCAAGUGGACGUGCCACGAUUAUACAAGAUGCUCGUGUUGUGCACCCGAUGAAUUGAGCCCCAGCGAGCUCGAGUAUCUGCUCAAAAUGAACAAAGACUUGACGAAAUCAAGAAUCGGGCCAAGUCUCAUCAAACCUGCACAAAACGAGCAUGAAACUUCCGACACACAAAAUCCGACAAACCCAUCAUUAGCCGAGACGGGCGAACGAGGCGCCACGUCAUCGGCUGCGGCCACCACAAAGCACCCGAGGCACCGGGCGGGCUGCUCGUGCAUCGUGUGCAUACAGCCGCCGAGCGGCAAGGGAAAGCACCAGCCGAGUUGCGUGUGCAAUGUUUGCUCGACCGUGAAACGCCGCUUCAAAACCCUCAUGAUGCGCAAGAAGAAACGCCAAGAGGCCGAGAUCGCGCGUGGGGCCCAGCACACGGAGGCUUUGUUGAAGGGAGGUGGGUUGGAUUUGAAUUGCCAUCCGAGCCGGGAGAAUGUGGUCAGCAUGACGAGCCUCGUACGAGAAGCUAGUUUGCCUCUCGAGGAGUAUUUGAGGCAGCACGGGCUCACGAGCUUGGUAUUGGAAGAGCGAGCACAACCGGUAGAGAAUGCUGACAUGGCUCAAUCACAGGAGGAAGAUCAUGGUAUUUCUGCUGCUGUGCAAGGACAUGAAGAGGAUGGUGAUAAUUUCUCUCAAAAGAAGAAUGAUUCUUGAUUUUGCCUUUUUUUUUUUUUCAUCUCCUUUUGUUGUAUUUCCUUGAUGAUUCUCUGAGUUGACAGUAAAGUUCAAAAUAAAUGUAGAACCUUUUCAAGUCCAGAAAUGAACACAUAUUAAGAAUAUACAGGAGUAUUAUUAAACUGGAAUGCAUUCAUUGUUCUUUCCUCAACUGUAAGCCAAGCCAAAUGACACAUUCA